AUGGGCUCCAGUGCACGAAAGAAGAGAGAGAAAAAGAAAGACUUCCAGGUUGGUGGAUUGUUUCGGCCCAUGCUGACUGCAAACAAGCUGAUAGAAUGGACAGAAACAAAAACUGAAGGACGGGAAGCCAUCGUUUUGAACCAGCAGCUGGAUGUGAAUGCGCCUUCACAAUCAGCCAUAUUUCUUCAUCAGCUCUCCCUUCUCUCCUCCAGGUCCGACACUCAAAGAAGAGAUGCUCUUGCUUCCCUAACCGGUCAUAUUACUUCAAACCUGCCGGCAAACAGCUUGCCAGUUACCACCAGUUCUCUUCUCGGCAGCAUCUGCCCUCUCAUGCUCGAUGGCUCGGCAGGUGUUCGGAGUCAGUUGCUCAAGCUCUUCCGUGCGCUGCCCCCUGAGGACAUCCGAGACCAUGUGAGCAAAGCUUUGCCCUACUUACGUGCGGCUAUGACACAUCUAUCACGGGAAAUUCGACUCUCCUCACUUGAGUUUGUAUCCUACAUGAUCAAAGUUGCUGGUUCUGAACUGGUCUCGAGCCCUGGCGGCUGGCACCAAACGUUGGAGUGCUUUACAACAGUGCUGGGGUGGAGGUCAAUCGACGCAAGCAAAUGGUCCUCCACUAAAGCAUCGUUCGCUGGGGACACCAAAACCACGGCUCGAAUCAUGCAAGUUCUCGCUGAAUUCUUGCAAGCAGGUCUAGUUGGAGAUGAGCAAUCUUCGUCCGGAACCAACCCACUGCUUUCGCAUUUCCCUUUAUGGGAAGCUGAAACACUCAUUGUACCCGGCAAAUCCAAUGCAUACGCUUAUUUAAAUCUCUUUGGUCCGCAAACAGAGGAUGAGACACAAAUGCUUGACGACCAACGGGAUAGACUGCGCGACUUCGCACAGAAUUUUCAAGCACAGAUCUUGGGCGGCGUUGAUGCUGCCAGGAAGGAAGGGGGAGAGCUAGGCCGUGCAGCAGGUCUAUUAGUCAAGAUACUAGAACGCUCACAAAGUUCUUGA